CGGUGGCUUCCUUUUGUCCAUUUUCCCAGCCACUUAGCGAACAGAACUUUUGGCCAAUAUUCGUAACCGUAACCGGCAAUUGCGUAAACAGCCAUAAUGACAUGUACAUUUAACCAAAUUGCCUACAUCUACGGCGAAUAUAGGCCCCGGCCAUACAUCCAGUUGACCAGACCAAAAGCCGAGCAGAGCCAGGAGCAGGACAACGAUGCAGCCCGGAAGUGAAAACCAGCCCGAACUGAACACCCACUCCGCCGUGGACUAUCACUGGCGGGUCUGGCAGCUGACCGGCCUGAUUCGUCCGGCAGGCAUCUCGAAAAGCCUCUACCGGACAUACGCGAUCGGCCUAAACCUGAUGGUCACUCUGCUCUUUCCGCUGAGCCUGCUGGCCCGGCUCAUCCUGACGCGCAGCAUGAAGGAGCUGUGCGAGAACCUAACCAUCACCAUCACAGACAUAACGGCCAACUUGAAGUUCGGAAACGUGUACCUAGUGCGGCGCCACCUCGGCGAGAUCCGCUCGCUGAUCCAGCAACUGGACUGCCGGGCCCUGGCGAUUUGCGAUCGCGAUGAGCUGUGCGCUCUCGUCCAGGCUGUGACGACGGCCCGGAACACAUUCCGCACCUUUGCAUGGAUCUUCGUGUGCGGCACCUCGCUAAGCUGCGUCCGUGUGGCCCUUGCCAGGAGCCGCCAGUUGCUCUACCCGGCCUGGUUCGGGGUAGACUGGAAGAACUCGAACGAGGCCUUUGUGGGAAUCUACGUGUACCAGCUGUUCGGCCUGAUCGUUCAGGCGGUGCAGAACUGCGCCAGCGACUCGUAUCCGCCGGCCUACCUCUGCCUGCUGACGGGCCACAUGAGGGCCUUGGAGGUACGGGUGGCCCGGAUCGGCUGCGAAUGCGCCAGUGGUCAGCAGAGCUACGAUCAGCUCCUGUCAUGCAUCCAAGACCUGACGCUCAUCCACCGGAUGCACACCAUCAUCCAGCAAAUCCUGUCCGUGCCUUGCAUGGCCCAGUUCGCGUGCUCCGUCGCCGUCCAGUGCACGGUCGCCAUGCACUUUCUGUACGUUGCCGACGCCGACGACCGGCUGGCCAUGAUCCUCUCGGUCAUUUUCUUUGUGGCCGUCACCCUGGAGGUGUUCGUCAUCUGCUACUUCGGCGAAAAGAUGCGCACGCAGAGCGAGGCCCUUUGCAACGCCUUCUACGCGUGCAACUGGGUCGAGCAGCUGCCCCGCUUUCGGCGCGAUCUUCUCUUUACCCUAGCGCGGGCCCAGCGACCAUCGCUUAUACUCGCCGGCAGCUAUAUUCCCCUCACUCUGGAGACCUUUAAGGAGGUUAUGCAUUUCGCCUACUCUGCUUUCACACUCCUGCUGAGGGCCAAGUGAGGAUGUUCCAGCCAAUGCCUUGCCAACAAGUAAAAGAGUUGAGAGCGCAUAACCUGGGCAGUUCUUGACCAUAUUACACGCAGCCACUCCUAUCCUCAUCAUUCUUAUCUCCAAUGAUCAAUAUAAACAAAGGUUUCCAAUCUUUUUUCCGGCAAGUGAAAGAGCUUAGUGGAACAAAAUUGGGCAG